AUGAAUGCAAUCAUGAAGCUUUCUCAUAGAUCCUCCUCAUUCAGUCAAGGGGAUAUAUACAAUAGACUUCUGGAUAUGCAUGAGGAGUUAUAGAAAUCUAGUAGGAGUCUAAACAACCUCAUCAACUAGAGUUUAAGGCAACUCUAAAAUCCAAAGGAAGACAAUCGUUUUAGUUUCUCUGCUGAAUUUCAAUAGCAAAACUAACAGUAAUAGAAAGAGGAGGAGGAAUCGAUUAAGUUGGAGGAAGUAGAUGAGAAGAAAUAGAUUAGUGAAAGAGAAUAGAUCUUAGAGAAUAAAAUAUAGAUCUAUGAGUCAGCCUUAAUAACCUUGGAGGAAGAGAAACAAGAGAAAGAUGAGGAAAUAAUUAGAUUGAAGAACAUGUUGGAUCACUAAGACAAUAUGUAAAACGUUAAGAAUGUAGAAGUAAAUAAGAAACAAAGUGUGAUAAGAGAGCAUUUACAGAGAUUGGAUGAUCAUUUAAACUACUUAGAAGAGAAGAAAUUGAUGAUAGAAAAAAUAAAAGAGUAUGAAGUAAAGUUCAAAGAAUAAAAAGAAACAAUUGAUUCUUAAAAAUUAGAAAUUUCUCGUUUAAAGCAUAUUAAUUAAUACUUACAUAAAUCAAUUGAUAAAUUAUAAAAAUUAUGA